GGCACGGCCUCGCGGCGCGGGGACUCAGCGGAGCGUCAGUGCCAGCCGGUCCGCGAGCCAUGGCCCAGCCCGGCGAGGAGGCUCUGUCCAGGCCCGAGACGGCAGUGCAGAUCCGUGUCGCCAUCCAGGAGGCCGAGGACGUGGAGGAGCUGGAGGAGGAGGAGGAGGGGGCGGACACGCGGGUCGCUGGGGACCCGGCUCAGUAUCUCAGUCCCGGCUGGGGCAGCGCCAGCGAGGAGGAGGCCAGCCGCGGGCACAGCACCACAAGUGGGGGCGAGAAUGAGCGUGAGGACCUGGAUCAGGAGUGGAAGCCUCCAGAUGCAGAAUUAAUCCAGAAACUGGUGGAUCAGAUUGAAUUCUAUUUUUCUGAUGAAAACCUGGAGAAGGAUGCCUUCCUGCUGAAACACGUGCGGAGAAACAAGCUGGGAUACGUGAGCGUCAAGCUACUCACAUCCUUCAAAAAGGUAAAACACCUCACAAGGGACUGGAGAACCACAGCUUACGCCUUGAAAUAUUCAGUGACCCUUGAGCUGAAUGAGGAUCACCGGAAGGUGAGGAGGACCACCCCUGUCCCACUCUUCCCCAAUGAGAACCUUCCGAGCAAGAUGCUUCUGGUCUAUGAUCUCUAUCUGUGCCCUAAGCUGUGGGCCCUGGCCACCCCCCAGAAGAAUGGAAGGGUGCAGGAGAAGGUUAUGGAACACCUGCUCAAGCUCUUUGGGGUCUUUGGCAUUAUCUCCUCAGUGCGGAUCCUCAAACCUGGGAGAGAGCUGCCCCCUGAUAUCCGGAGGAUCAGCAGCCGGUACAGCCAAGUGGGGACCCAAGAGUGCGCCAUUGUAGAGUUUGAGGAGGUGGAAGCGGCUGUCAAAGCCCACGAGUACAUGAUCUCAGAAUCUCAAGGCAAAGAGAACAUGAAAGCUGUCCUGAUUGGUAUGAAGCCACCCAAAAAGAAACCACCCAAAGACAAGAACCACGAUGAGGAGCCCACUGUGAGCAUCCACCUGAACAAGUCCCUAAACAAGAGAGUUGAGGAGCUUCAAUACAUGGGUGAUGAGUCUUCUGCCAACAGCUCCUCUGACCCUGAAAGCAACCCCACAUCACCGAUGGCUGGCCGGCGGCAUGUGGUCAACAACAAGCUCAGCCCUCCUGGCCACCAGAAUCUCUUUCUGAGCCCGAAUGCCUCCCCCUGCUCAAGUCCUUGGAGCAGCCCUUUGGCCCAACGUAAAGGUGUUUCCAAAAAGUCCCCACUGGCCGAGGAAGGUAGACUGAACUCUAGUACCAGCCCUGAGAUCUUUCGCAAGUGUAUGGAUUAUUCCUCCGACAGCAGCAUCACUCCCUCUGGCAGCCCCUGGGUUCGGAGGCGCCGUCAAGCUGAGAUGGGGACACAGGAGAAAAGUCCUGGGGCAAGUCCUUUGCUCUCUAGGAAGAUGCAGACUGCAGAUGGGUUACCUGUGGGGGUACUGAGGCUACCCAGAGGCCCUGACAACACCAGAGGAUUUCAUGGUGGACAGGAGAGGAGUAGGGCUUAUGUAUAAUAAAUACCUUCUAUUUUUAAUAUCA